ACAGGCUCCCGUCGCAGUUCAUUUCGGCGUCGCGACCCGAUCGGCGUCUCUCCGGCGUUCGUCCCGACGAAGGCCUCCGGGGCGCUGAUGACCGGAGGCGGGCCAAGGCGUCCUGCAUGACCUCCGGCGACUCGUCCUUCCCCCAUGAGUAGGAUCAGGCCCUUGAAGCCCAGCAAGAGUUCCUCGAGCUCGUGCCAGCCCGUGACGCUGCGCGGGAUGGCGAGCAACGGCGCCGGCGAGGGCGAGGCGGGCGGCCCGUCGCCCUCCACCGCCACCACCGCCUUCACGCCCGCCGCCUCGGCCUCGAAGUGCUCGGCGGGCGCCUUCGAGGCCGAAGCCAGCGGCUUCGGCACCGUCAAUCCGCUCUUCCUGGACACCGACGACGAGUGUCUGCCCGACAACCUGCCGGCGCCGCUGCGGCCCACGAUCCCCGCCAGCCAGUCCAUGCCCUCCAUCUCGCAGGCCCUGGAGGCUUCCCCGAUCGAGUCCUCCGCCGAGUGCUACGCCGCCGCCGCCGCCGCCGCCGCCGCCGACAGCAGCCAGCACUCUCCCGUGACGCCCAACCUCACGCCGCCCCCCAACACGCCGCUCUCGCCCCUCUCGACGCCCUCCAGCCCCAAGCGGCGCAAGAGUCCCAUGUCGGGGCAGACGCCGGAUCCCAACCCCCUGAGCCCCGACCUGGUCCCGCCCCCCAACACGCCGCUGUCGCCCGGCUCGUACCCGGCCAGCCCGCACCAGAGCCUCGGGCUGCCCAUCAACAAGGACGACACGGGCUACCUGCAGAACGCCAGCCCCGGGAGCAACGGGCCCCUCGACAACAUCCUCAGCCCCGACCCCGUGGACCUGACCAACCUGCGGCCGCUCGCGGGCGACGCCUUCGCCGCGGACUGCAAGAUGCCGCGCAGGCUCUUCCUGACGGACAACAUGAACAAGGCGGAGGCCGUGAUCAAGGAGCUGGUGACGCUGGGCAACGGCGUCUACGACGAGAGCAGCCACGACAGGAACGGCAACCGGCCGCCGGCGCCGAAGCGGUUCCACGAACACCUGGUGAAGUCGGGCGACUGGAGCGCCCUGCAGGACCGAGAGAAGCGCAUCGCCGCCUGCUGGAACCACACCCUGCACGAGGAGCCGAAGCACAGCCCUUCCAAGAACGCGCUCCCCCUCGCCGAGAACAAGGUGCAGAAGUCCUCCAACGGCCCCGUCAUGAAGGGGAAGCACAGCGCGCAGAAGCAAAGCGACAAGAAGAAGGCCGCCAAGAGCUCCGCCGCCAACGAAAGGAAGCCACUCCUUCUCGAGCAGCGAAGGGGGUGGGACUUCAAGCAAGGGACACGCUACAGGAAGCUCAAGAUCCCGAUGAUUGACGACGACGACGACAACUACAGGAAGCCUGACUCGCCGAGGAGCAGCUCGUCCUCGUCCUUCUCCCUCGACAUACUAACUACUGAUGGAGCGGCGCAAUUGGCUGAACAGCUCUGUGACGUCACGAGCGAGGCGGGGCGGCUUAUCACACAAGAAGUCCGAGAGGGCAUCGACUACCUGACGCAGCCGGAGGAGACACUGGAGUUCACCUGGAUCGACGCCCUCACGGGACUCGUCUCGAUCCUCACCUUCGGCUUCGACCUCGUCAGCGACUCCCUCGCCGUCUACUACAUGCACGACGACCCGGACGCCAAAUAUUAUUUCUUCGUCACGCUCAUGUUGUUGGUCGUUCCUCUCGUCAUCGCGAACGGCUUCAGCCUCUACUGGUACUGGUUCGACGAGCGAGUGUGCGAACCGGAGAUGUGUUACCGUCACCCUCGGGUUCCCAACCUCGUGUGGGCGGUGAGGGUGGUGGCGCACCUGCUCCUCCAGGCGAGCGUGCUCAGGUGUGAGUGA